AUGGCGCCCGGCAUGAGCGACCGCACGGACGAAGAGUACGACGCGAUCGUCAACAUCAGCGCGUCGAAGCGCGCGGCGGUCGACGCCGCGUGGGCCGCGCUCGCGCGGCGCGGCGACGCGGACGGAGGCGGCCCGGGAGCGGGAUCCACCUCUCGAUCGUCGGCGUCGACCGCGUCAACCGCGGCGGCGUCGAAGGGCCGCGCCGCGCUGAGCGUCCUCGCGAAGCUGAACCGCACGAACGCGGGCGGCGUGAAGAAGGGCGGCGAUGGAGGCGCGAAGAAGAAGAAGCUCGGAUCGGACGGCGCGGGGUGGAUGCGCGCGCUCGGCGUGGACGCGAACGCCGCGAACGCGAACGCGAACGCGAACGCGAAGGCGACGAACGGGAGAGGAGGGAAAGGCACCGGAAAGUCGAAGGUCUCCGCCGCCGCGCUGGAGGCGGCGAAGAGCGCGCUCGACGCCGCGGCGGGGGGCGUCCGCGUCCGCGCCGCGAGCAGGACGGACGGCGUCGUCACCGUCAGCGAGACGCGCGUCUUCGCGGGAAAGGCGCGUGCUGUAGUCCGCACGAAGAAACUCAACGUGUUGGACAAGAGCAAGAUGGACUGGAGCGCGGUGAAAGCCGCGGACGCGGACGUGGAGGAGGACCUGGAGCGGCACAAGAAGGGAAAGACGUAUCUCGAGGAGCAGGAGUUUUUGAAACGCGCGGAGCUGCGGGAGUACGAGCAGGAGCGCGACGCGAGGCUCGCGGGAGACGUCCGCACGCGCGGGAGGCUGUGA